AUGCCGGUAAUUGCCUUACUACCCAUUCGCCAAUCCCCACAUAGUUCCGUGUUUACAGAAAUCUCAUUUGCUUACCACUGUUCAUACUAUUUUAAAGAGGCGAGUUUUUCACUCCAAAAGUUUGUUUCUCUGUACUGCUACUUAGUCACGACCAUGUCAUCCGAAGAACUUCCUGCUUUCGAGAAGAACAAAGGGUUCAAAGUUUGCACGUCUCCCAAUCCGGAAUGGACUUACGGGCAGCGCGUAGAAGAGACGCCGGAAGGUAAAGCAUGGGUUGAAGGAGAGAAAGCUGGAUGGACAGUUGUCGACACUUCCAAGGAAGAGACUAGGAGGCUGUAUGCUAUUGGAAUAGCUGGUAUCGUUCCUCGACCCAUCGCGUUUGUAUCGACUGUGUCCAAGGAUGGUGUGGAGAACAUCGCGCCCUUCAGGCGUGUAUCUCACUGGUUUAAUCAAGUAUCCCCCAACCCCUUCGUCGUCUCAAUCUCAUGCGCACACGGUGGCCCAAAAGGCGCGAAAGACACCCUCACAAACAUACUCAACGGAGCCGGAUUUACCAUCAACAUCAUCAGCGAACCAUGGGUCGAGCAGUCCAACGUCUGUUCGACGGAUGCCCCUAUCGAAAUCAGCGAAUGGCCGCUCAGUGGACUGACCAAGGCGCCGAGUAUUCACGUCAAGGCGCCGAGGGUGAAGGAAAGCGCGUUCUCUAUGGAGUGCGAGCUUCUGCAAACUGUUCCGGUGAAAGACCCCAAUACUGACAACACAGUCUCAACGCUUGUACUUGCACGCGUCAAGUAUAUCCACAUGCGCAACGACAUCCUCGACCCCGUGCGCGGGAUUCCUGAUCUCGCAAAAUUCAAGCCUAUGGCUAGAAUGGGAGGCCUUACUUACGCGACCGUUUCGCAAGGCUUUGCGCUCCCCAGACCUCCCUGGGAUUCGUUACCUGAAGAAGCCAAGCAAAAGUUUGCUGGGGAUGCAACCAAGCAGAGUUAA